GUGUUUCCUGUCGGCAGAGGAUCCUGGUUGCACGCGGGAAGCCAGUGCUUUGAGAUGGCGGUCGACACACAGACCGUGUAGCUUCAGAUCGUGCAGCGUGUUGGAGAACUUUCUGCCUUAUAAUCUCAGCGCUAUGGAGGGGGGCAAACCGAACCUGGCCCUGGUCUACCAGGCGGUCCAGGCCCUGUACCACGACCCGGACCCGACCGGGAAGGAGCGAGCCUCGGUGUGGCUCGGAGAGCUCCAGAGAUCGAUGUAUGCGUGGGAGAUCUCGGACCAGCUGCUGCAGCUCAAACAGGAUGUGGAGUCGUGUUAUUUUGCUGCUCAGACGAUGAAGAUGAAGAUCCAAACCUCCUUCUUCGAGCUUCCUCCAGAGACCCACAAUGCACUGCGAGACUCGCUGCUGACCCACAUCCAGAACCUCAAAGACCUGUCGCCCAUCAUCGUCACCCAGCUGGCUCUAGCCAUCGCUGACCUCGCUCUCCAGAUGGCCUCGUGGAAAGGAUGUGUUCACACGCUUAUAGAAAAGUACAACAACGACAUCAGCUCCAUGCCCUUCCUCAUAGAGAUCCUCACCGUGCUGCCAGAGGAAGUCCACAGUCGCUCUCUACGGAUCGGAGCCAAUCGGAGGACAGAAAUCAUCGAGGAUCUGGCGUAUUACUCCAGCACGGUGGUCACACUGCUGACUUCGUGUGUGGAGAAGACGGGGAACGAUGAGAAGAUGCUCAUCAAGGUGUUUCGCUGUCUGGGCAGCUGGUUCAACCUGGGAGUCCUGGACAGCAACUUCAUGGCCAGCAACCAGCUGCUCAUGGUGCUCUUCCAAGUCCUGCAGAGGGAUGAAACCCCGACCAACCUGCAUGAGGCCGCGUCGGACUGCGUGUGCUCAGCGCUCUACGCCAUAGAGAACGUGGACACGCACCUGCCGCUAGCGCUGCAGCUGUUCCAGGGCGUCCUGACGCUGGAGACGGCAUAUCACAUGGCCGUGGCCCGGGAAGACCUCGACAAAGUGCUGAACUACUGCCGCAUCUUCACCGAACUCUGCGAGACGUUUCUGGAGACGACGGUCCGGAGUCCAGGCCAGGGGAUGGGAGACCUGCGCACGCUGGAGCUGCUGCUCAUCUGUGCAGGACACCCACAGUAUGAGGUGGUGGAGAUCUCCUUUAACUUCUGGUACCGUCUGGGAGAACAUCUGUAUAAAAUAAACGACGCGGCUCUCCACACCAUAUUCCGACCGUACAUCCAGAGACUCCUGCACUGUUUGGCCCGGCACUGUCAGCUCGACCCCGACCACGAGGGGAUCCCCGAGGACACCGAUGAUUUUGGGGAGUUCAGGAUGAGAGUCUCGGACCUCGUAAAAGACGUAAUUUUCCUGGUUGGAUCCAUGGAGUGUUUCUCUCAGUUAUAUUCUACGUUAAAAGAAGGGAACCCUUCCUGGGAAGUGACGGAAGCUGUUCUUUUCAUCAUGGCUGCAAUCGCUAAAAGUGUUGAUCCAGAGAACAACCCGACGCUGUCCGAGGUGUUACAGCAGGUGGUCUUACUCCCAGAAACCGUCCACAUGGCCGUUCGCUUCACGAGCAUCGAGCUGGUCGGCGAGAUGAGCGAAGUCGUGGACAGAAACCCCAGAUUCCUCGACCCGGUGUUGAACUACCUGAUGAAAGGUCUCCGAGAGAAACCUCUGGCGUCUGCAGCAGCGAAGGCGAUCCACAACAUCUGCUCGGUGUGCAGAGACCACAUGGCUCAGCACUUCCAGGGCCUGCUGGACAUCGCCCGCGCCCUGGACUCCUUCGCCCUGUCCACCGAGGCUGCCGUGGGGCUGCUCAAAGGUACGCUACACCUGUACACACCUGUGGGGCUGCUCAAAGGUACAGCUCUGGUUCUGGCUCGGCUUCCUCUGGAGAAGAUCGCCGAGUGCCUCAGUGAUCUCUGUGCCGUUCAGGUCAUGGCUCUGAAGAAGCUUUUGUCUGAGGAAUCUACCAACGGUAAAUCAGCUGAUCCCACCGUGUGGCUGGACCGCCUGGCUGUUAUCUUCAGACACACGAACCCCAUCGUAGAGAACGGACAGACGCACCCCUGUCAGAAAGUCAUUCAGGAGAUCUGGCCCGUUCUGUCCGAGACUCUGAACACUCACCAGGCUGAUAACCGGAUCGUCGAGCGCUGCUGUCGCUGUCUCCGGUUCGCUGUGCGAUGUGUCGGGAAAGGCUCCGCCUCCCUGCUGCAGCCGCUCGUCACACAGAUGGUGAGUGUGUACCAGGUGUACCCCCACUCCUGCUUCCUGUACCUGGGCAGCAUCCUGGUGGAUGAGUACGGCAUGGAGGACGGCUGCAGGCAGGGACUGCUCGACAUGCUUCAGGCUCUGUGCAUGCCGACCUUCCAGCUGUUGGAACAGCAGAACGGUCUGAGGAAUCAUCCCGACACCGUGGACGACCUGUUCAGACUGGCCACCAGGUUCGUCCAGAGGAGUCCUGUCACUUUACUCAGCAGCAGCAUCAUCGUUCAUAUCAUCCAGUGCGCCAUCGCUGCCACCUCGCUGGACCACCGAGACGCAAACUGCAGCGUCAUGAAAUUCGUCCGAGACCUGAUCCACACUGGGGUCGCUAACGAUCAUGAGGAGGACUUUGAGCUGAGGAAGCAGCUGAUUGGCCAGGCCAUGGAGCAGCACGCCCAGCAGCUGGUGACCCAGCUGAUGCACUCGUGUUGCUUCUGUCUGCCGCCGUACACGCUGCCGGACGUCGCCGAGGUGCUCUGGGAGGUCAUGCUGUUCAACCGGCCGACGUUCUGUCGCUGGUUAGAAAACGCUCUGAAAGGGUUACCCAAGGAGACGUCUGGAGGGGCCGUGACCGUCACUCACAAACAGCUGACGGACUUCCACAAACAGGUCACCAGUGCUGAGGAGUGUAAACAGGUGUGUUGGGCCAUCAGAGAGUUCACCAGACUGUUCCGAUAGCUGCAAGCUUCACACAACACCAGGUUAAAUCUUUUGUUGACCAACAUUCAGAGGUGACGGCAAAAAGCUGCGACUGCAGACGAGGAUCCAAAGGGACGACGAAGAAGAAGAGGAGGAGGAGGAGGAGGAGGAGGAGGAGGAGGGACUUUGAAUGUGAAACGGGACGAAUCACUCUGCAGGACUGACGGAGCGAGCUGAUUGGACAGACUGAGUCCUCCACCUGCAGCAGGUGUGGGGGGGGCGGGUCCAGCGGGGGGGCGGGGUCAGGACGAGUUCACUCAGUGAACCAAUCAGAGGAUGUGCCUGGCCAACAGUUUUUAAGAGAAGAUUUAUUUUUGGGACUUUGGUCGUGAUGUUUUCUGUCCGUGCCAUACAAAGAGCCAAAAGAUUUCCCAUGAUGCACUGGGCUGAGCGGCUGCCUGUGGAGGCUCGAUGCUGGAGGAUUUGGCGUCACCUUUGACCUUUUUAACUUUGGUUGACUUUUAGUUGUUUUUCCACAAAGUGAGACAGAGUGAACUCUGGGUAAUGAGACGGAGAGACUGACACCAUGACAUCAUCGGUGAUGUAGCCUUGUUGUAAACAAUAAAAAAACAACUGAAACGAC